GGACUGGACCCUCCACCCUCCAGCCUUGGCCCCGGAUCCUCUGCAGGUGGGACCCCCGACCCUCAGCCCACAGGACCCUGGCUCCUGGCCCCUGACUCGAGACGCCGUGAUGCAUGGCCCUUGGUGGCCCCUUUCCCUGAUCCUGAUCCUGACCAGUGUCCCGAGGGGCCAUGCCCAGCAAGAAGCAGCGAUGGAGGCUGAGGGUCCUGGCCUAGACCUCCUGCGGCAGGCAGAGCGCCUACUCCUCCUCCGGGAAGACCUCCAGGGGCUGCCAGGGGCGCCCAUCGAGCAUGAGUCCCAGCUCUCGCAGCCCGACUGGCUUUCGAAGCGCCAGCACCCAGGUAAAAGGGAGGAGGACACUGAGGAGAGGCCUCAAGAAGAGGAGGAGGAAGUGGGUACCGUGGGGCUCCACAAGCGGCAGCACCCUGGCCGGCGCUCACCCUGGCUGGAGUACCCGGUCACCAAGAGGCAGCACCCAGGCCGAAGGCUGGUAGAUCCCCUCAGCCAGAGGAGCUGGGAAGAGGACGUGGAGGAGGACAGAGAGGGGGCACCGCUGCCCGAGAAGCGCCAACACCCCGGCAAGAGGGCCCCAGGAGGGCUGUGUGGGCCCUGGGGUGCCUGUGGCCAAGCCAGCCUCCUGCUGGGGCUCCUGGAUGACCUGAGUCGGGGCCAGGGGGCCCAGGAGAAGCGGCAGCACCCAGGGCGGCGAGCAUCCUGGGCUAGGGAGCCCCUGGAAGCGUGAGCCUCGCUUCCUGUGUAUAGAGUUGGGGUCCAGGACACCUGAGCCCUGUGUGCCCCAGCUCUUCUCAGCCCCCAGCCCCUCCUUAGACCCCACCGCACACCUGAGCCCUUCCUUCAGGGACGCAACAGCCAGCCAAGAAGGGAAACCCACACUGCCCAUACCUGAGCCCCUUUCUUCCACGUCGUCUAAGGAGCCCCAUAGAGAGCAGGCGCCAGGAUGUCCAUGCCCAGCUCCUGUCCCCUGCUGCAUGCGGCCAGACUCUCAGCGUGCGCCCUGCCCCAGCCCCAGUUCUGGCUUCCCGGGCUCCUCCUGUGGGUGGGCAGAGCCUCUCCGUGCUGCAAUCUCUGGGGAUAUUGGUCUGGGAAACUCCAGCGCUGCUGGUGGCUGUGAGCACAGAUGAGUUUGGGAACAGACAUCACCCUAGAAGACCUGGCUCCUGUGUAACCCUCUAGGCACCCUGCCCUGUCCACAAGAGUCACCCCUAAUGACAAUAAAGUGCCCACUGGACCGUC